UAGUCGUCAUCUUGCUUGUAGUUUUCGUAGGUAUUUCUGGGAAAAUGAUUAAUUGUUGACGUGUGCCGCCAAAGUAUCUGAUGAUGAGAGCAGAGCAGAGCAUCUCACUGGAUCUCAAGUUAUAUCCACAACACAAUCUUGUUAUAGAUUCCCUAUCAACCCCACACGCUUUUGCUACGCCAAAAGCUUAAGAUUUAUCUGCUGAAAGGUAGGCUGAUUUGUUGCAGAAUCAACUCCCUUGGAAAGGAAACUUGUUUUGAUUUUUUUUUUUUGCACAGGGGUCAAGAAGGCUGAUAGCAUGGAUGACAAGUGGAUGAAAAUUGUGAGUAUACAAUACACGUAGAUGCUAAACAAUCUGAAUUUUGAUAAAAUUGUGAAUAAAUGCUGUUCAGGUUGUGGACGAACUCGAAGCGGAGAAAAGGAGAAGGUUUGCCAAGGUCCAAGAAGAUUUAGAAUUGGAGAAAAGGAGAAGGUUUGCCCAAGUCCAAGAGGAAAUCGAAUCAACAAAAAGGAGCAUAUUCGAGAGAUGGGAAUCCGAGCACAUCUGAGAGGAAGAUGAAACUGGAGUUGAGGAAUGGGAUUGCUGGAAAGAUGUUCACCGGUGAGGAGAUCAGAGGCGAAGGAGAUGUUCCUAUUGAGGUGGCUCUUGUUGAUGUUGAGACAGGAGCUGUUGUAGAUGAUGAACCAGAGGCCUCUGCACAAGUUGAGUUUUUGCUUCUCAAUGCUUCCGGCGGAGAUGUGGAAGGAAAGCAGCCCAUUCUUGCCGGAAAUGUAUCCCUCAACCUGCACAGAGGCCUUGCUGUCGUCAACAACAUCAAGAUCAGGCACCACGCGAGCAUCAUAAAGCCACCGCAGUUCAAGCUGUGCGCGAGGCUCGUUGGUGCUGCUUCUCUUCGUGUAAAGGAAGCCAAGACGGAGGCCUUCGCCCUCAAGAUCUUCCGCGCCAAAUUUUCUGUUUGGAAGGGUGGUAAGAUCCAUAAAAGACUUCAAGAUAACAAGAUCUAUACCGUCGAGGAUUUCCUAAUUCAACUCCUCAUAAAUCCUCAACGCCUCAUGGCUAUUGUGAAGCAACCUAACAAGUGGAAGGGAAUUGUUAACAAUGCGGAAGCAUGCCUAAGUAGCGAAAGGAUGUACUGUUAUGUAGAUCCAAGGCACAACACAGGCGUCGUCUUCAACAUUCUAGGGCACGUGCUAGGACGAUGUUCGGGAAGCUACUACUCUGAGACAAGCAUGCUCUCAGAAAAGGAAAAGGCUGAUGCUGAGAAACUGUUAGCAUCUGCUUACCAAAACUGGGGGAAGGUUAAGGCAUUUGAUGAUCAGAAUUCUCUUCAGCAGUAUAUUGACUACAUUGGAGCUUCUAAAACGGUGGGAGAGUCGAGCAGUACUAUGCGUCUAGACAUUUCAUUUCACGGUGCCAACUCCACGUCGAUGAACUUGUUUGGAGACCAAACUGAAGCAGUACCCUUCACUACUGGCAGUGAUGGUAGCCUCUUUGAAGAUGUUGAUGAGUACAUAUACAACACUUUUUGUCACGGCAGGCAGCACAACGACGGACUAAUGAACGAGCCGAAUGCUGAUGAAGGAAGUGAUGCAGCAUCUCAGGCGGUUGUUGGUGGGAGAAAGAGAUGGAAAAUAUUGUUCUGUGUUCUAACAUUUAGGAAAAGGGUAGCCUUAGAUGUUAGUCCUAACCCAAAGAAACAGAGAGUUGGUUGAUGGAUUAAUUCUUGAAGAUGUUUUAUGUUGUAGUUGUCAAUGGAUAAAUAAUUUAUUUCUUCUUUGUUUAUAGGUUCAAAUACCACAGAUAUCGUUUGGUAUAAGCACUGUACACAUGAAUGUUGGAUCCUUGGUUGUAAAUUAAUACUAUUACAUAUAGGGAGUGGUUGUAGAUA